AUGUGGCCUUUUCCCAAGUCUAAUGGGAAGCAAUAUAUCUUAGUCGCGGUGGACUACGUUUCUAAGUGGGUAGAGGUUGAGGCAUUGCCUACCAAUGAUUCUAAAGUGGUGUUGAUAUUCAUCAAGUCGCACAUCUUCAACUGCUUUGGAACACCCCGAUCUAUCAUUAGUGAGGGAGGUACUCAUUUUUGCAAUAAGUUGUUUGCAAACCUCAUUGGAAAAUAUGGUGUUCAACAUAAAGUUGCUACCCCUUAUCAUCCCCAAACAAGUGGUCAAGUGGAAGUCUCUAAUCGUGAGAUUAAAAGAGUUCUUGAAAAGGUGGUGAAGCCAUCGCAAAAAGAUUGGUCUCAAAAGCUAGAUGAUGCCUUGUGGGCGUAUCGAACGGCUUAUAAAACUCCUAUUGGGACUUCCCCUUACAAGAUGGUAUUUGGAAAGGCAUGUCAUUUGCCGGUUGAGCUUGAGCAUAAAGCUUAUUGGGCCUUGCAAAGCUCAAUUUGGACUAUGAUGCUGCAAACCGAGAAGAGAAUGUUUGACAUGAAUGAAAUGGAUGAGUUUAGGCUUCAUGCAUAUGAGAGUGUUGAUCUCUACAAGGAGCGUGCUAAGAGGAUACAUGAUGCAGCCGUUAAGCCUCGUCAUUUCCAUGAAGGACAGCUGGUCCUUUUAUACAACUCUCGGCUGAAACUGUUUCCGGGCAAGCUUAAGUCAAGAUGGUGGGGUCCUUAUGUGGUGCACAAGGUGUAUCCCUAUGGUGUUGUUGACAUCCGGGAUCCCAAGAAUGAUGUUGUGUGGAAGGUUAAUGGCCAAAGGUUGAAGUCUUACAUAUGA